AUGGCGAUACUCACUAACGAUGUCGGCGAAACGUCUAGGAAUGUUGAUCAGCUACGCGACCAGUUAUCCCGCAUGUAUGAAGAGGUGACAAGUCUGCGAGAGAACAACGAACGGCUGCAGCAGAUGAUCACCGGUCAGACGCCUUCAAGCCCUUUGAUCGCUGCCGGACCCCACGUGCCUUCGUAUUCGUCCAGUCUGGAAGCGGGCAAGGCUUUGUUCACGAGUAGCCGUCUCGCCAUUGCUGACUCUUUGACACUGGCAUCUUCUACUGCUGCAACCAGCGUAGGAAUGUGUUCCCCUGCCACGGCAACCGGAUCGUUGACUAGAAUGGGCUUUUUAAAGUCUGGCUUAGGAGGGCAGAUGCUGCGGCCGGACUCUUCUGCCUCCGGUCCAGUCGAGGGUUGUAUUGGCGCUGGAGGAGGAAGUGGCGACCUCGGUAGCCCCGGGACAGGGAAACCUCCAGUCCGACCUUUCGGCGGCAAAGAGGAGGAA